AUGUAUAAACACAACGACGAGAAACAAGAAGAAGAUUCCAAAAGAACACUCAGGGCCAUGAACUCCAUCCCUGAGAAAAUAAAUAUCGCGCAUGCUAUGCCCUCCUCUAUGAUUACUGUCAUGAGAGAUGAUAUUAAACAUUUCCAACAACAAGUUAGGGAAUUGGAUCAAAAGCAGAUGGAUAAGGUAGAUCAUUAUAUAGACCAGUUAGACUCUAUCUUUACCCAGUUUUGUAAAGACAACGAACAUGUUGAGAAAAAAGCUAGAGGUGUAACUGAAGCAGAUAUUCAGCUUUUUCAAGGCCUAAAAAGGAUGUAUGCUGAUUAUAUGAAUCAGUUGAGUGAGAUAAAGAAGAAGAAGGUUGAAGAGGAACAAGAAUGUCAUGCGGAUAAACCGCUGGAGUAUAUUCUAGAUGAGUUACCUUAUUUGCAACCUUCAGAACGUAAUAGGUAUAUUAGUGCAUUGCUCAAGGAUAGGGUUCCGUUUUCUAAGGAUAUGAAGUUGUUUGAAGGCAUUGCGAACUUGUGCUUGCUAGAUGGAUCUGUGAAGGAUUAUCUACAGACAUACAAAUGCUUGUUGCAGAGUGUGGGGUUCACACAAGAAGAAAUAUUAAGUAGAAUUCCAUUUCUUGCAAAUGACUAUGAGCCAACCGAGGCAGUGAAGCGAGAGGUUACGCCUGAUACGCCAUUGUCGUCGGACACUGUCUCUCAGGAUGCAAGUAAUGACUCAACGAACACUAAUAAUACUACAUCAACUGCUAUUUCAUUGCUAUCUAAUACUUCUACUUCUGAGUCUAACGACAGACCAGAGGAGGAUAAAAAGAAAAAGAUUUCAUUUUCAAAGUAUUUAAAAAAGGACGUUUCAGAGCCAGUUAAGAGGUCACUGUCUCCAGAUGAGAAUGCACAACCUAUUGUGAAAAAACAGAAAUUUGAAUCGCCGGUAUCUAUUUUGAGAGAUGGGAAAAAGACGAAGAAACGUUCUGUGAUUAGAUUCGUGGAUGACUGCAAACUUGUAACUGUAUUUGGUGACGAUUUACCUGAUUCAGGUGUAAUAACCUCUCCAGAUAGACUAAAGAAAAUUCUAAAUCCAUAUGUAGAGGGGGAACCAAGGGAAUUCCUUCUUGAAAACUGGAGGACUCAAAAAGUGCAUAAAUUGAUAAUAGAUGUCGGAAUUAUCGAAGAUUCCGAUAUUUCUGAGUUUAGGAACGGGCCUAUUGCAACAAGCACAAAGGUUCCAACAGCUUACAGGCUCAAUUUCACUAAGUUUAACGAGGAUUUGGCAAACUUUCACAAAGAACCUGUAGAUAAUGAAGAAGAAGAACAAGAACUGAAAAACCAUAAAGGUAAAAGAAGAGGCGGUAAAGGACCAAUUAUCGUGCGUGCAUUUGGUAAAAAUGCUCUCUUGUUAAAAAAAGAGAGAGGCGGUCUUCCGUAUAAAAAGGUGCCAGAAGUCCGCAGAAAUGACUACCCCUCUAGACCAGAUGACGACAUGUAG